AUGCGUAUGCAUCCUGAUCACCCUUCUCCUCCUCAUUCCCCCUGCUCCUCGCUGGCCUGCGUCUCCCAGCUUCCCCUUAUUCCGGAUGACCCCACCGUUCAUUCGAACGCCUCUUUCCCUUCCCCCACCCUCUCAGGCCUUCCUCCCACACGCACACUCCGCUCGCAUCCAGCCGGGACGCGGCCAGCGCCUGCAGCGGCCACGCUAGGGCAGCUGGAGCAGCUGGAACAGCUGAGAGUAGCUGCAGCUGGAGCCGCGCGCGGAGCCCGCGCCGCCCGGAAGCGCCACUCACCGCGCGCCCCCGGCUCACCGCGCCGCCGCCCGCCGCCGCCCCCGCCCCGUCGCGCGCGGGGAGUGACGGGGACCUCGCUGGAAGCUGGAGGAGCCGCCCCCGGGAAAACAUGGCAGCGUGCAGUCCGGGCCCAGGUGCUGCGGCUGUACCGGGCGCUGCUGCGAGAGAGCCAGCGCUUCGGCGGGUACAACUACAGAAUGUAUGCCAUCAGAAGGAUAAGAGAUGCCUUCAGAGAAAACAAGAAUAUAAAGGAUUCUGAAAAAAUAGAAGAACUAGUGAAUAAAGCGAAAGCAAACCUAGAGAUUAUUCAUCGGCAGGUUACUAUUGGCCAACUGUAUUCCACACAGAAAUUGGUUAUUGAGAGUCCAGAAAACACAUAGCUAUGAGAAGACGCUCAUCCUGAAGCAACACUGGACCAUCUUCAGCAUCCUACAGUGCCACAUACAGAUGCAUAAACUCACUGCACAUGUCUGAGCUUUUCUGUUCAGCAGAAGAAAUGCCUGAGAGACUCAGUUUUUGGCAACCAAAGUACUAUUUUCUAAUGAUUCACGUGUUAUAAAGUAUAUUGCUGUGAUUUAUAAUAGCAUGUAAGGUCGUCCAGAAAUCUCUUUGCUUGUAUGUCCCAUGUGUCGAAAUAGUUCCUGCCCUGCUUUCACAACAGAACUUCAUUAAACUAUCUAUAACCAGAGACGUUAUUCUGCUGCUGACCUUUUCUGUCACUGGGCAUGAAAGAUGUGUUAGAUUUAAAACCCCUCAUCCAGUUACUAAGACUAAGUUCUUAUUGACCCUGUUUCAUUUAAAAAUAUACAGCGUCUGGAUUAAAUGACUAAAUACACAGUUCAUUUUAAAUAUUAAAACCAGAAAUGAACAGGAUUUUCGUCUCCUGGACCUUGAUACUUAGGAGUAUCACAAGCUGCAUGGUGUGGUUUCCUUAAAGAGCAUCCCUUGACAUUUCAAGAAGUGACGUAAGAAUUUCACUAGUUUUCAAGAGCUAAUAACCAGUCUCAUCUUCUUUAUAACAAUUAACAGAUGAGAAUAGCAGAAUGCAGGACUUGCAUCACCAAGACCCGGAGCUUUACUCAAAAUAUAUUUUCAUCAACAAGGCCUUUUCUGCAUUUAUUGAGGUGCAGCAUCACAGCACUUUAUGCGAGGUUUCCCUUUUUCACAAAGCUCCUGAAUAUUCCAGGAGAAAAAGAACCAAACUGUGACAACAACUCAAGUGGUGUAAGUCAUAAAUUGGUAGAAAGCUUUGCCUAGCAAAAGUGGAACAGUCAGUAUAGCAUUUCAUUGCUUAUUAUUAAAUCUGUAGAAUAGUCAACACUUUUAAGACAAUAUGUUAAGAAGAAAGCAAGCAAAUAUUUUGAUCAGGUUUUGUUCAAGUCAUUGCUGUGCUUGAGUUUGAUUUCUGUUAGAAAUUUGCAAAAAAAAAAUAAGCAAUGCAAAGUUUUAUAAUGCCAAACAGAAAAAAAGCUUCCUUUUUUUUUCCCUUCAGGGGAUUACUGUGGGUUUUUUUAUGAAGAGAAACAGAAACUCAAACUGGUUCCAUGACACUGUGGCCUUUAAAAAACCUCCCCAGAUUUUUCUUGCUUCCCAAAAUUCAUCUUUGUUUAGAACUUCUAUUGUUUUGUGUUAUUCAUGCUGUGUGAUAACAUUAUUAAAGCAGAGAAUAGGAAAAUAGUCUAAUUCGGAAAUCCCAUUCCUCACUGCCAUUUAAAGUGUCUCAUUUAAUUCUGUA